AUGGCUACGAGACUGAACGCCGUCUCAACGGUCCUCCUCUCUUUGGUUGUCGCUUUCGGUGUCCUUCUGCCUAGUCAUCGAACCUUUGCGGCCGCCAGAACAGAAUUACUUGAUUCCCAGCUCGACUCCCCUCCCAGUGAAGAGCAGUGGCACAACUACUGGACCCAAGGUGGAAAUGACAUUGUGCACGACGUGUGGUCGAUUUUACGCGACUUCGAACCAACAUGGAAGGACAGUGUGACUCCAGUGCAGCCCACGGGCUUGCUGCCGACAGUAUGGCGUUACGCGAGAAUCAUCUUCCGCGCCCUCUUUAUGAACACACCUAACCGAGAUGAACACGAAGGUCCAAAGGUCAACGGGGACUUGAAAAGGGCGGUUGACACGCUGAAGACAGCAUCCUCGUUCGACGACCCCGAUGCAAUCUUCUUACUGGCCGAGAUGAGUUUCUACGGAAACUUCUCCCAUCCCCGCGACUUGCACGCUGCAAAAUAUUGGUAUGGCAGGCUGGCAGAUUUGGACGGCAAUGCUACAGCCCAACAUAUGCUGGGUCUGAUGUACGCGACAGGCAUAGGCGGUGUGGAGAGAGAUCAGGCAAAAGCACUAUUAUACCACACAUUUGCGGCGGAACAGGACAACAUUCAGUCCGAGAUGACUUUGGCCUUCCGCUACCACGCGGGUAUAGGCUGUCCUCGGGACUGUGACCAGGCCGUAGGGUACUACAAAAGAGUCGCAGACAAGGCCAUGGAGUACUGGUACUCCGGUCCUCCAGGAGGCAACUCGUUCGUCCGGAAUGCAUACCGCUGGGUUGAGGUCGAUGGGGGAAUCUACGGCGAGGGCGCAAGCGUCAGCUCCUCCGGCCCGAACGCGCCUCGAGACGGAGUGACAACCGCUCAUAUCGACUACAUCCUGGACUACUUGGACACCAAGGAGCGCCAGGGCGAUUACAACGCCAUCCUCACGCUGGGCAAGCACUACUACGAAGCACCGAGAGGGUACAAGAAGAAUCUCCGCAAAGCACAGCGACAAUUCAUGAAAGUCGCCCGUGCAUACUGGACGAAGGAGGGCAAGGUCUCUCCCAAGGCGCCCAAAGGCAUCGAGCGGGUCGCUGGCAAAGCCGCCGCAUAUAUCGGGCGCAUGUUCCUGCGCGGCGAAGCCAUGGAGCAGAACUUUGAAAAGGCCCAAACCUGGUUCAAGCGCGGUAUCGCACAGGGCGACUCUUUCGCACAGUACCACAUGGGCGUCAUGUACCGCGACGGACUCGGGGUCCCUCAGGAUGGUGUCCGCGCAGGCGCAUACCUGAAGGCCGCCGCGGAACAGUCUCUCCCACUGGCCCAAUCCGCCUUGGGAGCCCUCUUCCUCGACCAAGGCGACAUCGACACUGCAGCCCGCUACUUUGAACUCGCUGCUGGGGCCGGUCUGAUGGAGUCGUUCUACUACCUCGCCGAGCUGACGAACCAAGGCGUCGGCCGUGAACGAAACUGCGGCCUCGCUGCUGCGUACUACAAAGUCGUUGCCGAGAGAGCGGAGAUCUUGCACUCUUCUUUCGUGGAAGCCAAUUCGGCGUACGAAAGGGGAGACUUUGAGCGCGCGUUGAUCCCCUCCCUCAUGGCCGCGGAGCAAGGAUACGAGAACGCCCAGGCCAACGUGGCGUACCUCCUCGACCGCAAGACGCAGGUCAUCUCGCUGCCCUUCAACCUGGGGAUACCACUCCUAUCGGCCGCCAGACCGAGCAACUCGGCCAUCACCAAGAGAAGCAAGCUCCUCAACGACCCAGAACUCGCACUCUCGUAUUUCACCCGGUCCGCGAAACAGGCCAACGUCGACUCUCUAAUCAAAAUGGGCGACUACUAUCUCUCCAUGUCCUCAUCUUCGGCCCCAGCAGCAGCACCAGCAUUACUUCCACAGGCAGAGACCGAGGCCAACGACACCCAAACAACAAACCUCGACAAAGCAACGACAUGCUACACCACGGCCGCGGAAUCGUACCACUCGGCCCAGGCGCUCUGGAACCUCGGCUGGAUGCACGAGAACGGCAUCGGCAGCGUGUCGCAGGACUUCCACAUGGCCAAGCGAUACUACGACCUCGCCCUCGAAAUGAACAAGGAAGCCUACCUCCCCGUCAAGCUCGCGCUGGUCAAGCUCCGCGCCCGGAGCUGGUGGAACGGCGUCAGCGGCGGCAAAGUCAACGGCAUCAAGGACGAAGAGGAACUCGACGGCAAGAAACGCUGGCGCGGCUGGGCCGAGUGGGUGAACCGCUUCCUCGACGCCGCCGAAGAGAUGGACGCCCGCGAAGCCGAACAGUUUACCCGCGAAAACGGCGGUGGCGGCGGCGGUGAUGACGACCUCCUCGGCUACAGCGCGGCCGACCGGGCCGGUCAUGGCGAUGGCGAGUACGCGACGACGCAGCGGGACCACGACGACACCGCCGCUAGACGAGUCGAGGGCGAUGUAUAUGCGGCGGACGAGUGGGAUGAGUUUGACGACGGGUUCGUCGAGAGUCUAAUCAUCAUUGCGCUAGCGGGGGCGUUGGCGUUGCUCGUGUACGCGAGGCAGGCGAGGCAGAGGGUCCUUGAGGAGGAGAGGAGGCAGGGGCAGAAUCAGCAGAAUCAGAAUCAGAACCAGAAUCAGAAUCCGCCACAGCAUCAGCACCAGCACCAGCAUGAGCAUGAGCAUGAUCAAGCCCAAGCACGAGAACGAGAGCGAGAGCAAGGCAUGUUUCCCGCGCCAGGGGAUCCGGACUGGAAUAACUGGGUGGCCGGGGGGAUUGGCCAUUGA